AUGUCAAGAGGAAGAAAUGGGAGAGAUCAGGUGAAGGUGGUGAUAAUAAACACAGAAUAUAUAGAGACUGGUGCUAGGAGUUUCAAAUCAGUAGUGCAGAAACUAACUGGAAAGGAAGCAGCAGCUGCUCCAGUUCAAAAUUCUGGUGUGACAAUGUCUAAGUUCAAGUCUAAUAAUCCUAGUCCUAAUUUAGGAAGGGGGAUGUCAUUCAAGUUGGAUAACUUGCUGAAAUUAGAGUUGCCUUCUUUCGACAACCUUUUUACACUUUACGCAGAAGAAGAUCGAUCAAAUAUGUUCUUAACAUAA